AUGAAACAUGACCACCAAGAUUUGCAUCUAUAUUAUGCACCGUUGUGUUUAUAUAAAAUUUUCAGUUCUGUUGCUAUACAUCUUGACCUUUCAACUGCCAACCAACCGGUAGCAGUAAGAGGAGGAUUAGAAGAUGCGAAGGGUGUUAUCAACAAGUGUUCCGGUAAGGAAACACAUACUCUACUUGAUUUCAAAUUCCGACUUCAUAACCACAUGGUCUUCUCUUCGCAUGGAGAGCUGAAAAAGAAGAUGAUUGCUGUAAAUGGAUUGGACUCACGUGCAGCAACCAAAUGUUUUACAGCGUUUAAACUUCUUUUUGGUGGUGUCGGAGGUGAGAUUAGUCAUUCAUUGCUCAACUUAAGCUGCUUGACUCAUCUUAACCUCAAGGUCUUAGUAGAGUUGAAAACCUAG